AUGGAAAGAAACGCUCCUGCACGCACGACUCAGACUGAGAUGGCUGGAGGUCCCCCCCAGCUAGCUGGAGGCUCGCCCCAGCUGCAGACAUGCGACGGCUCGCCCCAAAGAAAGCGAAGGAGCGGAGGUGAAGAAGCGCCGCGCAAGCAGCAACGCAGCUCCAAAGAUUUAUCCCCUGUUUCAAUGGGCGCUGAAACUUUGACCCUCGACUUUUGGGAAGACAGAGACAUAGAGGUGGGCGAGGACACCCAGCAAUUCCCUGAGAAUCCAUCGAUCGACUAUGAGCUUGCAUACACAGACUGGAUGUUGUCCCAGUUGUCUGAAAAGGAUGGCACGUGCAAGUGCAAAUGGGUAACCCAUGGCACUCGCUGGCAUCGAUGGCCAAUCCACAUAGCAAUGCCAUGCUGCGGAAUAGACGGUGCUGGUUGGUCACUCCGAGCUAUGGGGGUGCCCUUUACACCAAACAACGUAUACGACCUGGAGACGCGAUACAAGGAGUACUGGCAGGGCAUGGUUGAAGAAGGCUCGCCUCUUCAUUUCGGAAAGCACAAUGGUGACAUUGUCCAGGUCCAGCUGUCGGACUUGGAGCGCCCGGUGCAUGUGCUUUGCAGUGGCCCGCCAUGCCCGCCUUGGGCAGGAAAUGGCAACAAGAAAGGUGUGGAAGACUUCCGAGCAAAAGCUUUUCUGGCUAUUGUGAAUAUAGUGGCUUCGCUAGCCAAGUGUGGUGAGCUGCAAGCAGCGAUCUUGGAAAAUGUCCAAGGCAUUUUACACCGCCAAGGUGGCGAAGAAAGUUUCAUGUCAAAGCUUCUGCACAUUUUGCAAGAAGAAGUGCAGGAAUUUCUCUGGCAGGUGGACACCCUCAAGGCGGUGGACUACAAGCUAGCACAGGACAGAACGCGUGUGUUCUUGCGUGGGAUCCGGAGCACGUUGUGCCCAAGCGGGGCGGCGCCACCUCCACUACCCCCAUUUGGCCACAGAGUGUUGACAGACUUUCUCGCGUCAAUGCCUUGUGUGGACCGUAAGAAGCUCACAAAGUGCAUGGCCCAAAACUUGAAAGACAGCCAAGAACAACUGCGGAAACUUUUGCAGGAAGGUCGCCUCGUAGAGACAGAUGUUGUCUGCUUCCCACUGGACCGCGCAGAUGGCAAAACAUACAAGCGGCAUAUCAGCGUCAAUCGUACACCAACAUUGACCACCUCGAAUUCAUACCUGUUUGUGUCAGACAUGAAGGUGGGCCUCCCAGAUCAGCAACGGACACACUUCCGUUUCUUGCAUCCGCAUGAGCGGUUUGUUUUGCAAGGUUUCAACGUGGAAGUCGCCGAACAAUUCGCUUCCAGCCAAGCCUUACAAGUCAAGGCAGCAGGAAAUGCCUAUCCAAAAGGAGAAAGGGAGCUGGAGUUCCCCACGCGUUUCCAUGAGCGUUUGGCUGACGCCAUGUACGGUGCUGGGAAGAAAACCAAACCAAAGAAGGCAGGACAUAAGGUGCUCAAACGACCGGCUGCACACCAAGCAUCAGAGAAACCUGCAGACGAAAAAUUGGACAAAACCCACCCUGGGCCCCAUGACAAGGAGCAACAUGACGGUGGUGGGGCACAGCCUUUGGGUGAAGAACGUGCGGGGCCUUCCACCAAGAAGCGACCUGCCAGCACGGCAAGCAUCGGAAGGCCCUGUCAGAAACCAAGACUCCCUGCCGCAUGGCGCCUGCGUGGCUUUCUUUCUUCCUCAAGCUCUGACUCCGGCUGA